AUGGUCACUCCAAUGCAACAAAUCCAUAUUGGGCUUGGCCGUGAAGGCUACGUGCCAGUCUCCCGCCACCAGGCCGACAAGGCCACCUACACGCAGGAGCAUGAAGCACUGCAGGCCAGUCUUGUCAAUAGUUGUCCAGCUCACUUGUGGCCAAAAAACUCUCACAAGGCUGCCUGUCCUCGCCCGAUCCUUAUGACCAAGCAACAUCAGACACAACUAGCCGAACUGCAUGAGGCACUAACUGCCGCCAUCACCGACAUUGUCGAGCGGUGGUGGACUGACAAGGAGAGUCGGUUUCCUGAGCGAAUGCCUUUGACUAGCAAGGAAGAAGGCCUUUUACAGUGGCUUGACGAUCAAGUAUCGCGCGGAACCCUGCCAAGGUACUCCAAAUGUCGAGGAGGAUGGAGACCGGACUAUAUGAUCGAAGAUCCUUGCGAACAAGGCACUGAGAUUGAGAAUUUCCGAAUUACUGAGAUUAACGCCCGGUUCAGCUUCAAUGGUUUUAUGCAUCAGGCGUACGGGCAGCUAGCCCUCGACGACAUGGGCGUCAAGUCCCACGGACUUGUCGCUGCGACCAGCGCCGCCAGAGCGCUGGACGGCUUAUUUGACCUCUUCCGCGUCGACGUUCCCCUACAUCUUUUGAAGGGUGAAGAGAAGGGAAUGGACAUUCACAUGAUGAUGCACGAUUUGCAGCGACGAUUUGGCUUUAGACCGCGGUUGAUAACUCCGGCCGAUCUCAGACUGCUUCCCGAUCCAGAAAACAGUAGUCGGCGGAAGCUCUACUGCGUGGUGAGGACCAACGGUCACGAUGGAUCUUGCGCUCUCAAAACCCAUCACGGAGAAGUGGUGGAAGAGAUCUUCCAGCUAGGCUUGGAGCUGCACCAGCGUGAGCUGCUGGCACUAGAGCCCGAGAUGCUCCGCCAAGUCUGUCUGCUUGGUUUCAAUGACAUGAGGACGCUCUUGUUAGUCCAUGAUAAGCGCAUGCUUGGUAUUGUUCGACAGGAGCUUGGGCCGUUGGUCGCGAAAAAGGUGCUCACCCAGGCACAAGCAGAGGUCCUUGACAAGGGGAUUGCGAAAACAAUCCUUGCUGGCUCGGCAGAGCUUCGACAGCUCCUUGUCAAGUCACGAAGCUUUCCCAAGCUGAGACAUCAGUACAUACUCAAGCCUAUCCGCGGUGGUAAGGGAGCCGGGAUUCUAUUUGGGGAUAGUAUUUCCAUAGACACGUGGAUUGAUACGUUGGAGCGCAUGCGGACUGCUGGCCUGGGUUCCGAGGCGUCCUACGUUGUACAGCGACGCAUUACGCCCCGGCUAUACGAAAUGGUAUUGGAUAGCUCUGGCGAUAGAGUACAGUACCCCCUUGUUGGGACAUAUCAUGCCGUACACGGAAAGCUUGUUGGGUUGGGGAUAUGGCGAACUAGCGGUGAUCGGAUCUGUGCCAUUAGCACUGGCGGCUCUUGGCUCUGUUCUGUUCUACGCGCAGACUGA